AUGGCAUCAUUCAACGCCGCUCAGACUAGCCAAACACGGCCCACAAGCGAAUCAAACAACAACUGCAACAACCAGAAGAACAUUUGUACUACCGAGGACAACAACAACAGCAACGGCAUUACCAAGAAGGAUUACGAAUACGUCAAAUUCAAACAAGAUAAUAUUGAUCCAGGAGCAACAACAACAACAACGACAACAACCAACAUUAGUGCAAACGAAUUUGUGUUCCCUGAACGAGACAGAGGAUCACGAAACCAUAGCGAUACAGUUGAAGCCAUCGCAAAGAUUAUUGGUGAUAACUUCAGCGCCCACUACUGGCCAACCGAAAAUCUAUCAAGUUCGCAAGCAAACGCAACAGUCGCACCAGUUACAACAGUCGCAACAAACGCAACAGCAAAGACAAAGGAAGAAUAUAAGCUUACAGCAGCUGCAAAGAGCACGCUCAAUAGCAAAACAAAACAGAACAGCGCCAGCGAGUGCCUCAGCAAUCAGGGUACCCUUUUUACCAGGCUCGCCAUCAACGCUGCCUAUACUGAAACAGAGUUCGCCAAUAAAGAAAAACUCAAACUUGGUAGCCUUAACGUCCCCGACGGUGAUAGGAGAACCAAUUCCAAACAAUCCAAACACGAUUACGCAAUUAACGCAAACGCAAAGGCAAACGCCAACGGUGAAUACGUCGACCGACACCGUCUACUAUACGACCGUGUUGGAUUCAACCAAUCUGAACCAGAUUCAGGAACAAUUAUACGCAUUUGUGUGCGCCGUCACAGCAACAACAACAGCAACAAUCGUCGCAUUCAUCUGUGCAAUUUACGCAAACGCAACCACCAAGAACACUAG